GAGCAGGGUCACAGUCUUACUACACGAAACAUUCGAAGCUAUCACACUGCUGAGAGCUCUCGCAUCAUGACCCACUGCCGGUCCUGCGCAUCGCGUAUAGCAUCCACGGCUCCGAGCAAUCAUCAUUGGUCUAGCCACCCGCCGAGCGAACGAUCCCAGUAAACCUGGUGGGCCCCGUAUGCCACGUCGUAUAACUACCAUCUCUGAUAUGCUGAGCUUGCCCGCAUCAGUACAGCACGAAUGCCUUGAAUGGAGCAUGCGCCGUGCGGAGAUAUGGACGAGCCUGCAUGCAUCUAGGAGCCAUGGGAAAGAUCGCCGUCCAGUCCCAGUUUUGGUCACCAGCCGUGAAGGUUGGUGUGCUCGUCAGGCUAGUACCACCGACUGCGGUCGCCGUAAAUGUGCUUGGUCUGGAAGCCAGAACUCUCUGAAGUAUGAUUGGCCCACGGGAAGUCACGGUCCUUGGGUUGCUCGAUUCUUCUUCUCAUCCGUCACCUCUUCUCUUAAUACACCUGCCUCUUAUCCGCAAUCAAUGGACCGUUUGGCUGAGAUGGCGAGCAGCGGCCAUGCUGCCAAUGCUGCGCUAAGCUUCCCAUCCUUCGCGGAAAGCAUGCUCAGUGGACCGCAACCGCCCAUGCGUGCCACGUCGACGACGUAUUAUGCGCUUAGGCGCCUACCGGGAUCCGCAAUGCAUCAGUAUGCAAACUACGCUCCACGGCCGAAGCCAAGCGUUACCCGAACCGGCACAUGGACCCACCUGCGGCCCUCCCUUGAUGACGAUUCCAAUGGACUGAUGUUAGCCGCUGGACCGAUAUGCCUUUAAACUGCGCCAUGCAUGCUGCCCGUGGGCGGAAACGCGACAAAUUGACUCAUGGAUCGCUAUCACAAGAUGUAAGAAGUGCCUUACGGCUCACAGCGUCUUAUCCAUCCGUACCAUCGAGCUCG